GAUGAUGGAGAAUGUAACUUCCGAGUUCAAUCUUUUAGAGAAGGAUAAAAACGAACAUUUCUCUAUGGUAACUAGUAAAUGUAAUUACGUUUGUGACGUUUGUGAUCAAGCAAACGAUCACUCGACGGAUACUUGUAGUAACAAUAUAAAAUUGGAAAAUACUCUACGAGAACAAGUACAAACUCAUUUGGAAGAAAUUGCAUAUAAUGUAAUUACUGUAAUAGAAAAGAAUGAAACCCUAGUAAACGCAACUGUAACAGAAGGGAAGAAUCUGGUGAACGAAUUGCAAUCUAAUAUUAAUGCAAGCUCUGAUGUUUUGAAGCAGUAUAAAAAUCUUAUAGAAUGUAAUGAGGAAGAACUGCAGCAAGAAAUGGAUGACGAUAAGAAUAAAGCUCUUGGUCUAUUGGAUGAUGCUUUUAAAAUAUUCGACAAUGCAAAUAAAAAUUAUGAGAGUGUGAUAAAGAACGAGGAAAAUGAACUUAUUAAUACAUACGAAAAAAUAUCGAGUAUCUCGGAAAAUUUAAUCACAGAAUCAACAGAAUGUUGCAACGAAAAUAUUGAACAAUUGCAUGUAGCUGUGAGAGAAGUUAAUCAAUUCUUUGAUGACGAAAUACAACAUGAUGUACCCACAGGAACAACUCCUGCUAGAAAAGAAUUUUCUUAUCCUCGACAAUUUACUGUAACAUCACCGCAUGAACGAAUUCUUAAAAAAUUUAGAGAAACCAGGAAAUUAGUUGAAACAUCAGAAGAUUAUAAUGACUUGGAUGGUGAAAUAACACUAAAACAAAUUGCAAACUCGACCAGUAUAUCUAAUGUUACGAUGAUAUCGUCAACACUAGACAAUACAAGAUAUUCCACAUCCUCUACGAACAGUGAAUUAUUAUCGAAGCAUUCCAACUCAUGCAAUUCUUUGGACUCCAAUGAACAUUUCACAUCAACAUUGAAUAUGUCAGAAGUACUCGUUCAAUCAAAGAGUUUAGAUUAUUUACAGAGUGAAGAUAAGGAGAAUCGCAGUUGUAAUUCUCUUCCUUGUAAAAAAAUAAAAGAUACAGAACCAUUGAAACUCAAAAAGAUAAAUUGAGCAGCAUUAGAAGAAUCAAACAUAUAUUCGUCUUUUCUUGAAAUUCUUGAAUUCUUUAAGAAUUCGAAGCUCGAGAAUAGUCAAAUCUUAAACUUAAUCUACUACUAUUCGUAGUAUNUUCGUAGUAUCUACUUCGUAGAUUUAAAAGAAAUUCAUGAAUUCGUGUACACUUUCUUCUAUGUUAGAUGCUCUCUUCACUCAUUUAUCAAAAUAUCUCUAUGUUAACACCUUCAUACUUCAUAAUCACUUGCAUUCUAACAAAAAUAUAAGAAAUUUAAAUCAUUA